UGACAUCGGAUGAAUCGGUAUUUUCACAAUAUAAAACACAAUUUGUUAGCUACGUUACAUCUGGGAAAAGUAGGUUGCCGUUCUGGGGUGAUGAUGGUUUUGGACUGUAUCGAUUAGCUACUAGCCGGAGAUCGAGCGAUGCUCUCAUCUGAAACAGCCCAGCUAACGUUUCGUUAGUCUAGGGAUCAGGAUCUGGCUGAGGCCCUGGACUCUGGAGGCUCUGACCUGGAGCUAGAGAUGGACAUACAGGGGGAGCUGGGGCUGGAUGGGGAAGAGGCCGGGGAGGUUAUUCGAGUCCAGGAGCUACCAGCCCAGCAGAGAGCCAAGCUGUGGAAGAUUGCGCUGAAUGUGGCAGGUAAAGGAGACAGUCUGUCCUCGUGGGAUGGAGUCCUGGAUCUUCCAGAACAGAACCUUAUACACACCCGCUGCCAGCAGCUCAUUGACCAGCUGGGGUGCGUGGCGGAGGAGGAGGGGCGUGACAUGGUGUCUGACGUAGAGUCUGUCAUCACGUUCUACUGUAAGUCCCGAAACAUCACCUUCACCCCUGACCUCUCCUGGCCACACCUCCUCAAACCCCUGCUGGGCCUGCAGCUGCCCCGCUCCGAUCUCUACAACUGCUUCUACGCCAUCAUGAAUAAAUAUAUCCCACGGGACUGUGUAGCGAAGGGCCGUCCGUUCCACCUGUACAGACUGCUGCUUCAGUAUCAUGAACCAGAACUCUGCUCCUUCCUCGACACCAAGAAGAUCACCCCAGACUCCUACACUAUACACUGGCUCGGCAGUCUGUUCUCCAGUCACUGCCUACCAGAGGUGACUCAGGCCAUGUGGGACUUUUACCUCCAACAGGCUGACCCUUUCCUCAUCUUCUUCCUCCUGCUCAUCAUCCUCGUCAAUGCCAAAGAUAACAUCCUGCAACAAGAAGGGGACAGUAAAGAAGAUCUCAUUAAGAUGUUGGAGGACUCUCCUGCCCUGUUAGAGGCUGAUGACAUAGAAGACCUGUUCUCUCUGGCCCAGUAUUACUGGAGCAAGACCCCCCUGUCUCUCAGAAAGGAGAACCAGAACUUGUUUGGGUCCAGCCUGGUGGCACUGAAGGAGGAAGACAUGGAUCUGAGUCAGGCUCUCUGUCUCCCUGUGUCUGUCCCUGAGAUACUGCAGGCCAACCAGCUGCAGCCUGUGAGUAACAACACCCCUGAGGAAGGGGUUCGGUUCUUUGUGGUGGAUUGUCGACCUGCUGAGCAGUACAACGCUGGACACCUCUCUACUGCCUUCCACCUGGACUCAGACUUGAUGCUGCAGAACCCGUCAGAGUUCAGCCUAUCAGUGAAGUCCCUCCUGGAGGCCCAGAAACAGAGUCUAGAGUCUGGCUCCAUCGCUAGUGGAGAACACCUCUGCUUCAUGGGUUCAGGGAGGGAGGAGGAGGACAUGUACAUGAACAUGGUGCUGGCACACUUCCUACAGAAAAACAAAGAAUAUGUCAGUAUCGCUAAAGGUGGUUUUAUGGCCCUGCAGCAGCACCUAACAGACAUCAAUGUGGAGGGGCCAGACAACUAUGUCCACUGGAUAGUCAGCACCUCUGGAUCAGCUGAAGGAGACACGUUGAACACCACAGGGGAUAAAGGAGUCAAGUCUCUGGUCAACAAGAUGACCUUUGCCCUCAAGUCCAAGUCUGUCAUAGCGAAGGAGAAGAUGAUAAGCUUUAUGGAGAACACGGCUACACCUGUAGACAGAAUGUCUUUCACUCUCCCCUGGCCAGAGAAGGGGGUCCCUGACCGGCAUGUGAGCAGUAGUGACCGGGUUGGAAAACCUUACAGAGGAGUGAAGCCGGUGUUCAGCAUCGGUGAUGAGGAAGAGUAUGAUACAGAUGAGAUUGACAGCUCGUCCAUGUCGGAUGAUGACAGGAAGGAGAUCGUAAACAUCCAGACGUGGAUCAACAAACCAGAUGUGAAGCACCAUGUUCCCUGUAAUGAGGUCAAGGAAACCGGACACAUGUUCCCCAGUCACCUGUUGAUCACAGCGACCCACAUGUACUGUCUGAGGGAGAUCGCGUCCAGGAAGGGUUUUGCCUAUAUCCAGUCCAGACAGGCCCUCAACAGCGUGGUCAAGAUCACCUCCAAGAAAAAACACCCAGAACUCAUCACCUUCAAGUUCGGCAACAGCAACACUGCUGGAAUAGAGAUCUCUGCUGUGGAGAGGUAUCUGAUCCCCAACGCGGGUGACGCCACCAAGGCCAUUAAACAGCAGAUCAUGAAAGUUCUGGAUGCCCUGGAGAGUUCCUAGAGACAGACAGGGAUACAUGAGAGCCCCCCCCCCAGCUGGCCGGGAGGGGAGACGUCUGUCUGUCUGUCAGCUGAGGGCAGGGUGCUCUCUUUCUAUUGAUAUCUCUCUCCCUUUCUCUCUGUCCUCCUCCUCUUCCCAGCCAGGCGAGGACCUGGACAGAUCCUGUAUCCUGUGUUGACUGUUAACCCUCCCUGUCUGUUGGGCUGAGGGUGUCGUCUCUCUCCCUCCCUGGUUGCUGAGGACCUGAGAGAAUGAUUGACUGACUGGUCGAGUCCCAAACGGCACCCUAUUCAAUAUAUAGUCCUAUCGGGCUUGGUAAAAAGUAGUGCACUCUAUAGGGAAUAAGGCUCUGGUCUAAAGUAGUGCACUAUAUAGGGAAUAGGGCUCUGGUCUAAAGUCGUGCACUAUAUAGGGAAUAGGGUCCUGUCUGGGAGGCAUCCUGAGACUGUUGCUCCCUAUUCACCACCCUGGUCUCCUCAUCCUGUCUGACAUAUAUUGGUUACACCCUCCAUUAUCCUGGUCUCAUCCUGUCUGACAUAUAUUGGUUACACCCUCCAUUAUCCUGGUCUCAUCCUGUCUGACAUAUAUGGGUUACACCCACCAUUACCCUGGUCUCAUCCUGUCUGACAUAUAUUGGUUACACCCACCAUUAUCCUGGUCUCAUCCUGUCUGACAUAUAUUGGUUACACCCUCCAUUAUCCUGGUCUCAUCCUGUCUGACAUAUAUGGGUUACACCCACCAUUACCCUGGUCUCAUCCUGUCUGACAUAUAUUGGUUAUACCCACCAUUACCCUGGUCUCAUCCUGUCUGACAUAUAUGGGUUACACCCACCAUUACCCUGGUCUCAUCCUGUCUGACAUAUAUGGGUUACACCCACCAUUACCCUGGUCUCAUCCUGUCUGACAUAUAUUGGUUACACCCUCCAUUAUCCUGGUCUCAUCCUGUCUGACAUAUAUGGGUUACACCCACCAUUACCCUGGUCUCAUCCUGUCUGACAUAUAUUGGUUACACCCUCCAUUAUCCUGGUCUCAUCCUGUCUGACAUAGGGUGCACUCGGAAAUUAUUCAGACCCCUUGACUUUUUCCACAUUUUGUUAAGUUACAGAAUUGCUCUAAAAUGGAUUUGUUUUUCCCCUUCAUCAAUCUGCACAUAAUACCGAUAAUAAUAAAGCAAAAACAGGUUUUUAGACAUGUUAGCACAUUUAUAAAAAGUUUUUAAAAACUGAAAUCACAUUUACAUAAGUAUUCAGACCUUUUACUCAGUAUUUUGUUGAAGCAUCUUUGGCAGCGAUUACAGUUAAGUCUUCUUGAGUAUGACGCUACAAGCUUGGCACGCCUGUAUUUGGGGAGUUUCUCCCAUUCUUCUCUGCAGAUCCUCUCAAGCUCUGUCAGGUUGAAUGGGGAGCGUUGCUGCACAGCUACUUUCAGGUCUCUCCAGAGAUGUUUGAUCAGAUUCAAGUGCUGCCACCACCAUGCUUCACCAUAGGGAUGGUGCCAGGUUUCCUCCAGACGUGACGCUUGGCAUUCAGAACAAAGAGUUUAAUUUUGGUUUCAUCAGACCAGAGAAUCUUGCUCCUCAUGGUCUGAGAGGCUUUAGGUGCCUUUUGGCAAACUCCAAGUGGGUUGUCAUGUGCCUUUUCCUGAGGAGUGGCUUCCGUCUGGCCACUCUACCAUAAAGACCUAAUUGGAAGAAUGCUGCAGAGAUGGUUUUCCUUCUGGAAGGUUCUCCCAUCUCCACAGAGGAACUCAGGAGCUCUUGGGUUCUUGGUCACCUCCCUGACCAAGGUCCUUCUCCCCCGAUUGCUCAGUUUGGCUGGGCGGCCAGCUGUAGGUAGAGCCUUGGUGGUUCCAAACUUCUUUCAUUUAAGAAUGAUGGACACUGUUUUCCUGGGGACCUUCAAUGCUGCAGAAAUGUUUUGGUACCCUUCCCCAGAUCUGUGCCUCGACACAAUCCUGUCUCAGAGCUCAACAUACAAUUCCUUUGACCUCAUGGCUUGGUUUUCACUCUCACAUGCACUGUCAACUGUAGGACCUUUCCAAAUCAUGUCCAAUCAAAUUAAUUUACCUCAGGUGGACUCCCAAGUUGUAGAAACAUUUCAAGGAUGAUAAAUGGGCGGCAGCGUAGCCUAGUGGUUAGAGUGUUGAACUAGGAACCAGAAAGUUGCAAGUUCAAACCCCCGAGCUGACAAGGUACUAAUCUGUCGUUCUGCCCCUGAACAGGCAGUUAACCCACUGUUCCCAGGCCGUCAUUGAAAAUAAGAAUUUGUUCUUAACUGACUUGCCUGGUUAAAUAAAGGUCAAAUAAAAAAAUAAAAAAAAAUGGAAACAGGAUUCACCUGAGCUCCAUUUUGAGUCUCACAUCAAAGGGUCUGAAUACUUAGGGAAAUAAGGUAUUUCUGUGUUUUAUUUUGAAUACAUUUGCAACCAUUUCUAAAAACCUGUUUUAGUUCUGUCAUUCUGGGGUAUUGUGUGUAGAUUGAGGGGAAAAAUGUAUUUCAUGAAUUGUUUUAGAAUAAGGCUGUAAUGUAACAAAAUGUGGAGAAAGUCAAGGGGUCUGAAUACUUUCCAAAUGCUCUGUUUAUGGGUUAUGUUGGAUUCAUUUUUAUUUGUUUUGAAAAUAUACAUGAUUUGCUUUUUUGAGUUUUUGAGUCUUUUACUUGCGGUUUUGUACACCAGCUUCAAACAGCUGAACAUAUUUAUUUCACAGCUGUUUAGAUGGUACAAUGAUUAUCUGCACAAUUACUGCUUGUUUUGUCACAACUGAAUUUUAGGCAAACUAUGAGGAAUUUUAGGAACCAGGAAAUGGCGCCGCAAUUUCUGAGUAUUGUACCUUUUUAAAUGAGUCUGUUGGUCUUUCAAUGGCGAAAUACACAAGGCAAUAUAAUGAGAGGUUUACUGGCUGUGGCACCAUCCAAGGCAGACAGCACAAGCCAUUUCUAUGUUGUUUAUAUUUAACUUGACAUACAUACUUCACAAGUAUUGUUUUUCAGAGUAAGAGCCCAUAAGUCUAAAAUGAGCCCAUUCAUUGACCAGGGACCAGUGGUAUUUAGUCAAAUGAUGUCAUUCAUUAACCCUUAAUUUAAGCAAUGAUCACUCAACUUUUCUUCUUUUUUUUUUUAACAAAGUCAUAUACUGCUAUCACCAAUGUACAUAAUCUGACAGAGUGGAACUAUACAUAAAGGUACAGUCACCAACACUAUAUAUAUAAUAUAUAUAUAUAUAUAACUGGCCUCUAGAUACCUAUCCACUAGUUACACUAUAUAUAUAUAUAUAUUUACAAAAGUAUGUGGACAGCCUUCAAAUGAGUGGAUUCACCCUAUUUCAGCCACACCCAGUGGUGACCGGUGUAUAUCAUCGAACACAGCCAUGCAAUCUCCAUAGACACACAUUGGCAGCAGAAUGGCCUUACUGAAGAGCUCAGUGACAAGGUGGCGCUGUCAUAGGACGCCACCUUUCCAACAAGUAGCGUUUAACAAUUGUCUGUCCUUGGUUGCAACACUCACUACAGAGUUUCAAACUGCCUCUGGAAGCAACAUCAGCACAAGAACUGUUCAUCGGGAGCUUCAUGAAAUGGGUUUCCAUGGCCGAGCAGCAGCACGCAAGCUUAAGAUCACCAUGCGCAAUGCCAAGCGUUGGCUGGAGUGGUGUAAAGCUCACCGGACUCUGGAGCAGUGGAAAUACGUUCUCUGGAGUGAUGAAUCACGCUUCACCAUCUGGCAGCCUGACAGACGAAUCUGCUUUUGGCUGAUGCCAGGAGAACGCUACCUACCCCAAUGCAUAGUGCCAACUGUAAAGUUUGGUGGAGGAGGAAUAAUGGUCUGUAGUUGUUUUUCAUGGUUCAGGCCCCUUAGUUCCAGUGAAGGGAAAUCUUAAUGCUACAGUAUGCUUCCAACUUUGUAGCAACAGUUUGGGGAAGGACCUUUCCUGCUUAAGCAUGACAAUUCCCCCGUGCACAAAGCCUGGUCCAUACAUAAAUGGUUUGUCGAGAUCAGUGUGGAAGAACUUGACUGGCCUGAACAGAGCCUUGACCUCAACCUCAUCGAACACCUUUGGGAUGAAUUGGAACACCAACUGCCAGCCAGGCCUAAUCGCCCAACAUCAGUUCCCGACCUCACUUAAGCUCUUGUGGCUGAAUGGAAGCAAGUCCCAACAGGAAUGUUCCAACAUCUAGUGUAAAGCCUCCCCACAAUAGUGGAAGCUGUUAUAGCAGCAAUGUGGGGACAAACUCCAUAUUAAUGCCUAUGAUUUCGGAAUGAGAAGUUUGUGGAGCAGUUGUCCACAUACUAUUGGCCAUGUUGUGUAUCGACCAGGCAGUCUGGUAGCCCCUUUUUACUGAAUGAUCUUCUCUGAUGUCAUCUGACAACUGUUUGUAGAUACUUUGUCUUUGAGAAAGUUGUAUUUUUUCAGCACACAGCCUUAAAUAGUCAUUAGGAUGUUUAUCAAUAUUUAAUGUAUACUGAACAAAAAUAUUAUUGCAACAUGCAACAAUUUCAACGAUUUUACUGAGUUACAGUAAAAACUAUUUCUAAUUGGCUGGGCCCUCCCAGGCCCUAAUCUAUGGAUUUCACAUGACUGGGCAGGGGUGAAGGCAUGGGUGGGCCUGGGAGGGCCCAUCCAAUUAGAAAGAGUUUUUCCCCACUCAAGGGUAUUAUUACAGACCAUCAAUACUCAGCUGUCCGGGUGGCUGGUCUCAGACGAUCCUGCAGGUGCAGAGGCCGUAUGUGGAGAUCCUGGGCCGGCGUGGUUAUGUGUGGUGUGCGGUUGUUGGACCUACUGACAAAUUCUCUAAAACGACGUUGGAGGUGGCUUAUGGUAGAGAAAUUAACAUUCAAUUCUCUGGCAACAGCUCUGGUGGACAUUCCUGCAGUCAGCAUGCGAAUUGCACCCUCCCUCAAAACUUGAGACAUCUGUGGCAUUGUGUUGUGACAACUGCCCAUUUUAUAGUGGCCUUUUAUUGUCCCCAGCACAAGGUGCACCUGUGUAAUGAUCAUGCUGUUUAAUCAGCUUCUUGCCACACCUGUCAGGUGGAUGGAUUAUCUUGGCAAUGGAGAAAUGCUCACUAACAGUAAACAAAUGUGUGCACUAUAUUUGAGAGAAAUAAGCUUUUUGUGCGUAUGGAACAUUUCUGGGCUCUUUUAUUUCAGCUCAGUAAACAUGGGACCAACACUUUACAUGUUGCGUUUAUAUUUGUGUUCAGUAUAUAAACGUACUGCUCCAUAUCAAUGGGUUCCCGGUCACAGAUUAAACCUGAUCUGGAAUAAAAGCAUAUUUCAAUUUAAAUUCUCCAUUGAAAUAGAUAGAAAUAGAAUUAGAUUCUCCAUUGAAAUAGAAAUAGAAAUAGAAUUGGAUUCUCCAUUGAAAUAGAAAUAAAAAUAGAAUUAGAUUCUCCAUUGAAAUAGAAAUAGAAUUGGAUUCUCCAUUGAAAUAGAAAUAGAAUUGGAUUCUCCAUUGAAAUAGAAAUAGAAAUAUAAUUGGAUUCUCCAUUGUGAAUGAUUUGUAUUUCUGGACAAGGAUUUAUUUAUGUCUGAACCUGUCCAUGUUCUAUCCAGAAGGUUAGGACGAGGUGGUGUUUAACCUGUUCCAAGACUUAUUAAUCUGUUCCAGCCUCCACUAAGGGUCUCCUGUUUCUUUAUAAAUGUUUUACAGUUUAGUAAAGUGUUUCUGAAAGACACUGUCUGUCCUCUGCUUUUAUGUUCAUCCUGUCCAACACUAGACUCAUCUCUUAUGUAAGGGAAGCUAUAUAAUAUGCAUUAGUAGUAGUAGUGGGGGGGAUUCACUAGGAACCAAAAGAAGCAAACGCCACAAAACGGUGAGGGACCUACCAGAAUUGUCGAAUAACAAACUUGUUUUUGUUGCAAAAAUGUUUUCCAUCGCAAAACGUUUUGCUACCAUGUGCACGAAUGAAUACACCCCUGGUUUGGUCCAUAUUUCUGGCAGUUAAUUCUGAGAUGGGAUAUUUUCAUGGUUGAAUCUUCAGGAUCAUUAACAUCAGUAACAUUAAAAUUUAAAACUGAACUAACA